CUUCUCUGUCAUUAUGUCACUUCCCUCGUUCAAAGAUCUUCCUAUCGAUGCAAAGUAUCCCGCUAAAUCAGCUUGGGGUCUCUGGGGUGAUGAUGACAGUUUGGGAACAAUGAACUUGUUAACCACUGAACGUGCCAAAGAAGCGUCCAAGUUGGUGCGCACUGGCAAGCUUUUCCCGAUGAACUGGACUAUGGAAAACAAGUAUACCAUGUUCAAUCGUGGAGGGUUUGAACAUGUUAUCAAGGAGCUGAUGCCAGAUUGUGCUUUCGAUGAUGUCUAUAACAACUGGAACACGCAGUCCUCAAGUCAAUGGGACGGCCUUGGACAUGUGUGUAACAGACACACACCUGGAGUUUUCUACAACAAUACCACUGCAAAGGAUGUCCGAUCAGGAAAUGAAAAGCUCGGAAUCCACCAUUUGGCAAGAAAAGGCAUUGCUGGCCGUGCUGUUCUUCUUGAUUUUCGUCGAUGGGCCGUGAAACACGGCGUUGAAUACGACCCAUUGACACGCUACGAGAUCGACAUCAAGGAUCUGGACAAAGUCGCUGAGGAACAAGGUGUUACGUUUAAGGAAGGUGAUAUCCUUCUCAUUCGUAGCGGCUUCACUGAAGCAUACAACAAUGCAAAUGACGAACUUAAGGCAAGCCUUGCUGAAGUGGCCGCGGUAUGUGGCGUCAAGCCAUGCGAUGAAAGUUUGGAGUGGAUAUGGAAUCACCAUUUCUCCACUGUUGCAGGUGAUACCGUUGCUUUUGAAGCUUGGCCACCAACCAACGGAUUGGAUAACGCAAUGCAUGCUAUUCUUCUUGGAGGAUGGGGUAUGCCUAUUGGUGAAUUGUUCAAUCUCGAACAUUUGGCUGAGGAAGCGGCUAAAACUGGCGUCUAUGAAUUCUUCUUCACGUCCGCACCUUUGAACAAGAUGGGAGGUGUAGCCUCUCCUCCAAAUGCAAUUUGCAUCAUGUAAUUAUUUUCUGAUAUAUAAAAUAUUCAGUAUUCUUUCGCGGAA